AUGAGCGACUUUCCACCGCCGGGGACUACCAUCAAGACAAGGGGUUUCAGAGAAGUGUGCGAGGUCGAUGGCCGUACAUUUUUCAGGAAGAGGGGUGCACAGGAGUGGACCGAGGACAAGUCCAACCCGGAGGAAUUGAAACCACCGGUCGAAAACCCUCAUCUGUAUCUCUAUCUCGUCCAAGAAGAACAAGACCCCGGAGAACCCAACCACUGGGCACUCUUCCUUGCCGACGAAAACGAGCCUGAAUACGGUUAUGUUUACCGAGUCACAGGAGAUGCACAGGAUAUGAAAUACGACCCGUCGGCUGAUAAGAUCAAUCUAGUUGACACUAGCCUCACUUCCAACAUCUAUAUCCUGGCUGUUGUGUCCCAAGAACAGGCCAGGGCGGCGAGGCUAGUGAAACAGGCUGCAGAGGAGGAGCUUCCCCCACAAGCGGAGAAUCGGAAGUCUGUGACGGAGAAUUGUCAGGGUUGGACUGUGCGUGUUAUCGAUAGGCUGGUUAAAGAGAAGAUUGUUAUGCCUCAAAAGCUUGAAGUGGCAAGGUCCUUGAUGCAGGCUGUUUGA